AUGACUGAUGACACCGUUCGCCCCUUACGCCUGGUGCACUACCUCAACGCCUUUUUCGGCGGCAUUGGCGGCGAGGCCGAGGCGCAUCACGCCGUGCAGACGCACGCGGGGCCACUGGGGCCGGGAAUGCUCUUGCAGAAAUUAUGCGACGGGCAGGCCGAGGUCAUCGGCACCGUGGUGUGCGGCGACGGCUACUUCGGCGAGCAGGAGGAAGCCGUGGUGGAGCGGGUCCGGCAAUACGUGCGACAGCAAGGCGCCGAUGCCUUCAUCGCCGGCCCGGCCUUCGGCUCCGGACGGUACGGGCUAGCCUGUGGCCGGUUGUGCCUGGAAAUCGAGCGCCUGGGAAUUCCCGCGGUUACCGGCCUGCACGCCGAGAACCCGGGCGGCGAGGUGUUCCUGCCGCAGCACAUCUUCGCCGUGAGCACCACGGCCAGCGCUGCCGGCAUGCAACCGGCUCUGCAACGCAUGACGGCUUUGGCGCUCAAACGCGCCCGCGGCGAACCCCUCGGCUCGGCAGCGCAAGAAGGCUUUCUGCCGCGCGACGUGCGCCGCACCGUGGACACCGGCGUGCCGGCGGCGAAACGCGCGGUAGACCUUGCACUGCGCAAGUGGAAAGACGAACCCUACGCCAGCGAAAUUACCGUUGAGACCUUCGAGCCUGUGCCCCCGCCGCCGCCGCUUGCCGACCCGAGCCGCACCCGCUUUGCAUUGGUCACCGAGUGCGGCCUGGUGCCCAAGGGCAACCCCGACCGCCUGCCCGCCGCCGGCGCCAGCCACUGGGCCGCCUAUGCCAUUGGCGACAUGCAACACUUGAUGCCCGGCGACUGGGACAUCGUGCAUGGCGGCUAUGACAACACCGCGGCGCUGCUGGACCCGAAUCGCGUCGUGCCUCUGGACGCCAUGCGCGCCCUACAACGGGAGGGGAUCAUCGGCGGGCUGUUGGACGACUUGUUAGUCACCGUCGGCAAUCUUGCCAGCCUCAACGCCAUGAAGAAAAUCGGCGCCGAAAUGGCCGCCACCCUGAAGCAGCGCGGCGUCGGCGCCGUCGUGCUACCGGCGACGUGA